UUUGUGCCAUACAUGGAUCCUAGUGAUGCUUGGUACUUCAAGACCUACAUGGAUGCUGGGGAAUAUGGGUUUGGGUUACAGGCUAUGCCACUUGACCCGCUUAACGAUUGUCCAAGGAAUGCCUACUAUAUGGAUGGUGUCUUUGCAGCUGCCGAUGGAACACCGUAUGUCCGAUCCAACAUGGUUUGUGUGUUUGAGAGUUAUGCAGGUGACAUUGGAUGGAGACACUCUGAGAGCCCAAUCACUGGCAUGGAGAUUCGAGAGGUAAGGCCGAAAGUGACAUUGGUGGUGAGGAUGGCAGCAUCGGUUGCCAACUAUGAUUAUAUAGUAGAUUGGGAGUUCCAAACCGAUGGGCUUGUUAGAAUUAAGGUUGGCCUUAGUGGAAUACUGAUGGUGAAAGGCACUCCUUAUGUCAACACGAACCAAGUAAACGAACAAGAAAACCUCCAUGGAACUCUCUUGUCUGAAAAUGUCAUUGGUGUCAUCCAUGAUCACUACAUAACAUUCCACCUUGACAUGGACAUCGACGGCUCAGAUAAUUCCUUUGUAAACGUUCAUCUCCAACGAGAACAUACCUUACCUGGAGAAUCUCCGAGAAUGAGCUACCUGAAAGCGGUAAGAAACGUAGCAAAGACUGAAAACGAUGCGAAGAUUAAGCUCAAGUUGUAUGAUCCAUCAGAAUUCCACAUCAUUAAUCCAGGCAAGACAACGUGGGUUGGAAAUCCAGUGGGCUAUAAGGUGGUACCUGGUGGCACAGCAGCUAAUUUGCUUGAUCCGAACGAUCCUCCACAAAAGAGAGGUGCUUUUACCAACAACCAAAUUUGGGUUACUCCAUAUAACAAGAGUGAGCAAUGGGCUGGUGGUUUGUUUGUUUACCAGAGUCAUGGCGAUGACACCUUGGAAGAAUGGUCUCAAAGGGAUGAUCCAAUUGAGAACAAGGACAUUGUCUUAUGGUAUACAUUGGGAUUUCAUCACAUUCCAUGUCAAGAAGAUUUUCCCAUAAUGCCAACUGUAUCCUCAAGCUUUGAUUUGAAGCCUGUGAAUUUCUUUGACAGCAAUCCUAUUCUUAGGAUCCCACCAAAUGUUGAGAAGGAUCUUCCCAUUUGCAAAGCUGCUUCUGCUGCUUCAGCUUGAUAAAAUCUAUCCAAUUCACCCUUCCGAACCCUAUCACACAAUAUCUAACAUGUAGUCGUGAUGGGAGCGGCGAAGAUGGAUCUGUAUAUAUAGUUUCCUGAUCUGGAUGUAUAAGACUUUUGAUCUAUUGUAACUAGAUUAUUCUAGGGGUACCUAAGGGGUAUCGAAGUGUGUCCAUUAUGUUGGAGGGGCCCUUCGGUACAUGGUGAUGUACGACUAGAAUAAUCCAUUGUAAAAUAUAUGUAUUUCUGGUGCAAUAAAUAUAUUUAGUUUUAUAUUAAGUGAAUCAA